AUGGCCUUUGUGGUCCAAGUUGGCAUUUUCCUGGCCGUCUAUGUGCUUGCUGGAAUUGCCUGGAGAUUAUGGUUUCAUCGACUCUGCCAAGUUCCUGGUCCUCGUCUGGCUGCCAUCACGGGUUGGUACGAGUUCUACCAAGAUGUCAUUCUUGAUGGCAACUAUGUCAAAGAAUAUCCAAAGCUUCAUGAGAAGUAUGGUCCUGUUGUGAGAAUUGCACCGAAUCACGUCCAUGUCAAGGACAUGACGUACUAUCAAGAAGUAUACGGAAAUGGAACAAAAUAUCUCAAGGAUCCUGGGUUCUACGAGACUUUUGGUGUGAAGCACUCGUUACUCAUGUUUACCAAUCCUGCAGAACAUAAGGAACGAUAUGACAUUAUCAAAAGUAUUUUUGCUAAACAGAAAAUUGAGAAAUUGGCGCCAUUUGUCUCUGAGAUUGUCGAAAAGGGUCUACGGAGAGCCCAGGAGUCUUUGCAGAAGGGUACACCUUGGGAUAUUCAACAGGCCUACCGCUGCGUCACGGUCGAUACAAUUACUCGAGUUCUCUUCAACAAGAGCAUGAACCUGAUCGAGUCCGACGACGCGACGCCGCCCUUCCUGGAGAGUAUGGACACCUUCUCCGACAGGGUCCAAACUAUGAAGCACUUGCCUGUCCUCAAUCGCAUUGCCUUGAAAUUGCCCCUGAGUUGGGCAAACAUUGUUGCCAAAGGUUAUGUUCAAUUUCGACUUGAUUGUGACAACUGGAUUCAGGAAGUGGCUGAUCGACACGAAUUAGGAGUCUACUGCGCUGAAGAUGGUCGGCAUACCAUUUUCGACCUCCUGCUACGGCCGAACGUGGCUAAGGGAUACAAAGUUCCUACCCAUGAGAGUUUGGUUGAUGAAGCUUUCAUCUUCUGCUUUGCCGGCACAGACACAACUAGCUAUGCUUUGAGCUGUUCUACAUAUUACCUUUUGACUCACGCAGAUAAGCUCAAGAGGCUUCGUGAAGAACUUGAUACCGUGCCGAGAAAUACCAAGGGAAUGCUGGAAUUCCAGAACGUCCGGAACCUGCCUUAUCUAACAGCCGUGAUCAAGGAAUCUCUCAGAGUGUCCACUCCCAUCCCCGGAAACCUGCCUCGAGUCGUCCCCAAAGGUGGCGCCUACGUGGGCGGCACAUUUAUCCCACCUAAGUCGAUCGUUUCUGUAUGCCCACGGUUGAUCCACUACAACGCCGAGAUUUAUAAAGACCCCAGAAGUUUCAUCCCCGAGAGAUGGCUGGGACCUGAAGCAGGUGCUCUGGAAAAAUGGCAUGUUCCAUUCUCAAAAGGUCCGCGGUCAUGUAUAGGGUUCAAUAUUGCAUAUCUUGAACUCUACACGUGUCUUUCCAAUUUCUUCGGCUUGAUGGACAUGGAACUAUACAAUACCGAUACGGAGACCAUGAAGUGGAGAGAUUACGGAACAUGUAGAAACGCCGAUCAUGUGAAGGUGGUAGUAAAGAAUGUGAAGUAG